AUGGCCUCCUCCGUGUUGGAGUUCCGCGCCAUGGAUCUCCGCGGUUUGGCAGGCGCGCCAGAACUGGAGGAGACGCUGGAUGUGGAUGUCGCAGCCCUGCCGCAAAAGGCCACAAAAGUGCCCCAGGAUCCCGGCGAGACGCCCAUCUUCCGGCUUCUUCGCCUCGGCCUGCUUCAAAAGGCUGAGGUGGCACUGCGGAAGCUGGGCCAGAUGCCCACUGGCCUGGCCGUGAAUGCCCGCGAGGAGAAGUUCGAGUGGGGGCUGCUGCACUUUGCCGCCCACAAGGGCGAGGUGGGGCUUCUGGACUGGCUCUUGCGCCAGAAAGCCAGGCCAGAUAUGGCGGAUGGCGAGGGCAACACUCCGCUGGUGCUGUGCGCCAAGUCCAACCACGUCCAGGCGAUGGAGAUGCUCAUGGCGCGCGGAGCCAGCAUCGCGCAGAGGACAAAGGAGCAGGGCUUCACUCCCUUGCUGUGGGCUGCCUCUGGGGGCCACCAACGCGCCGUCAAGUCUCUGAUUGAGGCAGAUGCUGAUACGGAAUGCCGCGACUUCGAAGACCGCACCGCCCUGAUGUGGGCGGCCCGUCUGGGCCACCUGCCCGUGGUCCGGCUUCUGCUGCGGUGCGGCCCGGACUUGACGCAGAGGGACAAAGAAGGCCUCACGUCGCUGGACCACUGCCGGGAGCACCUGGAGCUGCGCUCCGCGGUGGUCUUGGCGCAGGAGCAGUGCGCGCGUCUUAUGGACGGAGCCCAGCGCGAGGAUAUCCAGCUGGUGUCUCACCUCCUCGAGCAUGAUGCUAUCCCUCGCUACAAGGACGCGGCCGGUUGGACGCCCCUCACUUGGGCGGUGCUCCACGGCUCCGCGGAGAUGGCGCGGCUGUUGGUGCGUCACGGAGCUUGCCCCGAGCUGCUAGGCGAGGACUCCGAGCUGGGGGCGCAGUUGGCCAAGAAGGGCCGGCGAGUGGGCGUGCGGCUGGCGGCCAUUCUGGGCGCCAACACCCGGCUCCUGCAGGCGGCGCAGGACUCCGACCUGGCAAAGGCCGAGGAGGCUCUGCAACAGGGCGCCUGUCCCGAUGCCAAGCAGGGCAAGGAUGGCGGAGGUGGAGGUCAAGCGCCGCGCGAAGGUAACAUCACAGCCGCAGAUCGCGAGGACGAGGUCAUCGGAGGCUCAGAAGAGGCCGCGCGCUGCGGCGAGGAGCCGAUGGGUGAAGGCUUUGGGCGGAACAUGACUGCCACGAUGUGGUCGGCACGCCACGGCAACCCCGACCUCGUUCGAUUGCUAGGGACCCAAAAGGCCGACAUGAACCUCCGUGACUCCCGUGGCUGGACGGCGGUGCUUUGGGGCUCCCUGAAGGGUGACGCGGAAACCAUCUCUGUGCUGCACCACUUCAAGGCAGACCUGCUACAGCGGAGCUGGGAGGGUGACUCGGCGGUGCACCUCAUGGUGCGCUGCGACCACGGGGCUGCCCUGCAGCCAGCGGCGCGCCCCGAUGUGCCGCAAACUCGCAAGUCCGCCGAGGUGCUGCAGCUUGGGAGGAAUGCGGCACACUACGCCACCGCCAUCCGGGACUGUGCCAAGGGCAGCAGCUGGCAAGCUGCACUGUCUCUCUUCGAGGAGAUGCAGCAGCAACAAGUAGAGAGGGACACUGUGGUCGUCAACGCGGCCCUCACAGCGUGCCGUGGCAGCGGCCGCUGGCAGCUUGCGCUCUCCUUGCUGGCCUCUACUAGAAUUAGGACCAUCGUCACCUACAAUGCGACCAUCAGCGCGAUGGGUGCCAGCCUGCAAUGGCAGCUGGCUUUGGUGCUCCUUGCAGAGGUGCCACGGCGAGCUUUGCGCGCCAGCAGCGUGACAUACACCAGCAGCGUCAUUGCCUGCGAGGCGGCGAGUGCUUGGGAAGCUGCCCUGACCGUGUUUGCCGCUGCCCCCGACGCCUCCGGCGCCGUGGAUCGCGCUCUGCGUGCCGUAGGGGCGCACUCCUGGAGCACUGCUCUGGCGGUGAUCGACCAAGCGAAGGCCGCGGGCGUGGAGAGCUACGACCUGCGGGCGGCCGCCUCUGCCUGCAAGGCUUCGUGGCGCUCCAGCCUGGCGAUUUGGCCCAACCCGCAAGCCUACAGCGAAGGUCACUGCUGGCAGGCUGCUAUGGCGGCUCUGCGUGGGCCCGGAGCCGGCCUGGACGCAGCUGCAAGGGCAGAGUGUUGGCAAGCUGCGCUAGGCCUCCUGUUCGGCAUGGAAGCUGCUGGUGUGGAACCUUCUCCAGCAGAUCUGAAUUCGGUCGCAGUUGCUCUCGAGAACCAGGGCAUGCAGGAGCUGCUAAGUCCGCUGCUUCGGCGGGGCUUCCGCGGCCAGUGCCUGCGACGCAGGCCCUGGGCGCCGAGAAGCUUCCUGGAGGCCCGAGGCGCGGCUCCGCUCUCGCUGCGCCGGCUGCUGCGCGCCGCGGCGCGCCCGGCGCCGCGGGCGGCGCGGCUCCAGGCGCCCAGGGCGCGGCGGGGGCUGCGGCGGCGCCUGGAGGCGGCAAAGUGGGCGCCGCAGCCGCUGCCGUGGUGCGGGGACGGCUUUGCGGUGGAAGGCUCCGGGCUGCACGAGGCGCAUCUGUCGGGCGAGCUCUACUUCCAGGAGGCCACGUCCAUGUUGCCGCCGGCGGUCCUGGCUCAGGCCAUGGAUGCGCGGAAGCCAGGCGAGCAUCUUCAAGUCCUGGAUCUUUGUGCUGCGCCCGGCAGCAAGGCAACCCAGCUGGGCGCGUGGUUGCGAACAAGGUCUGGUGGUGGCUUGCUCAUUGCCAACGAGCCCAGCCAUGAGCGGGCGGACAAGCUCCGGACGAACCUGCUGCGGUCGGGCCUUGUGGAUGUGCUCGUGACGAGGACAGACGGCCAGGAGAUGGGCAACUUGGCGCCGGAAGCCUUCGAUGCCAUUCUGCUGGACGCCCCCUGCUCCUGUGAGGGCAAUGUGCGCAAGGAGCCCGUGGCCCUCCUCCGCGGCGCAGCUUCCUCCCGAGGGCCCAAGAACCCGCUCGUUCGCAAGCAAAGGGCCCUGCUGCAGAGCGCCUGGCGUGCCCUGAAAAGUGGAGGCGUCUUGGUCUACUCCACCUGCACCUUCGAUGCGUGGCAGAACCAGAAGCAGUGUGCAAAGUUUCUGGAGGCCCACAGGGAUGCUACCGCCCUGGAUGCCGACUUGCUGGGCGGCAGCAUGCUGCAAGUCUUGCCGCACCGCUGGGACACGGAAGGCUUCUUCGUGGCCGCUUUCCAGAAGCAUGUCUCCGGCGAACCGCGGCGCUCGAGGGCCGAGGCUACCAGCCUGCCGCCUGGAUUUCACCAGCUGAGCAAAGAGAAGGAGGAGGAGAUUGAGAGGCUGCACGCCAGGCUGCGCACGGUGUUUCCCAUGAGCCGGCUCGCAGAGCGCGGCGACGAGGUGUGGAUGCUGCCUUGCUUAGGCAGCCUUAGCUGCCUGUGGUCACGUUGCCGGGAGCCGGGGCUUCUGCUGACGAAAGGGGGGCAGGUCACCUCCGAGCUGCAGCUCGCAGCUCCCGAAGCCGCCGGCGGCGCGCCGCGCGCCGCGCGGGGCGCGCGGGGCUGGGCGAAGCUGCUGGCGGAUGUGGAGGGCAGCCUUUCCAUGCUGAAUGUGUACCUCGAGCUUUGCGCCAACGAGGGUGACAUUGCGGCUGCAGAAGAGAUGUACGAGAAGAUGGUGAGGCGCGGGCUGAAGCCGGACCACUCGUCACGGAGAAGUCUGGCAAAGGCCCGGCGGAGCAAGGAGCGAAAAAAGCCGAGGGCGGCCGACAGGGUUCAGGCUUCUGCUGGCUGCCAAGGCCAAUGUGGAGGAGAAGAGCAUCCAGGGUGA